GGGAAGCAGACACAGAGAGAGUGUCCAAAGAAUUUUUUUUUUUUUUUUUCUUUUUCUCGUCGAAUUUUCUCUUUCUUUUUCUAGCUUCUCGUCUUCUUGAUCGUAUCUGAGAGAUAGCCGAAGACGCAACCCCGCCGCCAAACUGAGUGAGGGUGAGUACAUAUCUUAGUCGAUCGCCGCUCGCCAACGUCGCCAAGAUCAACCAGCCGGUGCCGAAGGUGCUGUUUAUUCCCAUCCUCGCUGCUACGGUUUACUGGAAGCGCCUUGCAGUUGAGGUUGAGGAAAGGAAAUGGCGGCUGCCUGUGAAAUUACAGCAACCGAGUUUUUGUGGGGUACCCGAAGGCAAAAUCUGCUUUUGCAGAGGAACUCCCAUGCGCAGAAAAGUCGUUUGCUUUGGGGUACAUUCCAUGUGCGAAAACCAAAACUGGGUCUAUCUAAUAGAGGUACUUCACUGAGGUGCCGCGCCCAAGCAAAGCCCAGAGCUGUGGUUUCUGGUGGUGUUACCAGUCCGCUGGAUGAAAAAUCAAACCUUGUUCAAAAGCCCACUGCAGAGGUUAUACAUUUUUUUCGUAUUCCAUUGAUCCAGAAGAGUGCGACGGCUGAACUUCUCAAGUCGGUUCAAACGAAAAUCUCGAACCAGAUUGUUGAUUUGAAGACUGAGCAGUGUUUUAAUAUUGGGCUUGAGGGAGGGCUGUCAGGUCAAAAGCUUUUAGUUCUCAAGUGGCUUCUUCAAGAAACUUAUGAGCCUGAAAAUUUGGGGACAGAGAGCUUUCUUGAUCAGGAGAGGCGAGAUGGGAUCAAUACGGUGAUAAUUGAGGUUGGACCGAGGUUGUCUUUUACUACUGCAUGGUCUGCUAAUGCUGUGUCAAUUUGCCGAGCGUGUGGGUUGACAGAGGUGACCAGAAUGGAACGAUCAAGGAGGUACUUGUUAUAUGUCAAGGCUGGUAGUGCAUUGCAAGAUCAUCAGAUUAAUGAGUUUGCUGCUAUGGUCCAUGAUCGGAUGACCGAGUGUGUUUACACCCAGAAGCUCACAUCUUUCGAGACUAGUGUUGUUCCAGAGGAAGUUCGGUAUGUACCUGUGAUGGAGAGGGGGCGGAAGGCAUUGGAGGAUAUUAAUGAGGAAAUGGGUUUAGCAUUUGAUGAGCAAGAUUUACAGUAUUACACUAGGCUGUUCAGGGAAGACAUCAAGCGGGAUCCUACAACGGUGGAAUUGUUUGAUAUCGCACAAUCUAACAGUGAGCAUAGUAGGCACUGGUUUUUUACUGGGAAAAUUGUUAUUGAUGGGCAACCAAUGAGUCGGUCUCUCAUGCAGAUUGUGAAGAGCACUUUACAGGCAAAUCCAAAUAACUCUGUCAUUGGUUUCAAGGACAACUCUAGUGCAAUCAAGGGCUUUCUUGUGAAACAAUUGCGACCAGUUCAGCCGGGUUUAACAUGUCCCUUAGACACAAGUAUUCGUGAUCUUGAUAUUUUAUUUACCGCUGAGACCCAUAAUUUCCCAUGUGCAGUGGCGCCUUACCCUGGUGCAGAGACUGGUGCAGGGGGCCGCAUUAGGGACACCCAUGCAACAGGAAGGGGGUCUUUUGUUGUUGCUGCUACAGCUGGUUAUUGUGUUGGGAAUCUUAAUAUUGAAGGAUCUUAUGCUCCAUGGGAAGAUCCAUCAUUUACAUACCCAUCCAACUUGGCUUCACCUCUUCAAAUCCUCAUUGAUGCUAGCAAUGGCGCGUCUGACUAUGGGAACAAAUUUGGAGAGCCCUUGAUUCAAGGCUAUACCAGAACUUUUGGAAUGAGACUUCCAAGUGGGGAAAGACGGGAAUGGUUAAAGCCAAUCAUGUUCAGUGCAGGGAUUGGGCAGAUUGAUCACGUCCACAUAACAAAAGGAGAGCCUGAUAUUGGAAUGUUAGUAGUUAAGAUUGGAGGCCCAGCAUAUCGCAUAGGAAUGGGAGGUGGAGCUGCAUCUAGUAUGGUUAGUGGUCAGAAUGAUGCUGAGCUUGAUUUUAAUGCAGUACAGCGUGGAGAUGCAGAGAUGGCACAGAAAUUGUACCGUGUUGUCCGAGCUUGCAUUGAAAUGAGGGAAGAUAACCCAAUAAUCAGCAUACAUGACCAGGGUGCUGGUGGGAAUUGUAACGUCGUUAAGGAAAUAAUAUACCCAAAGGGUGCUCAGAUUGAUAUUCGGUCAAUUGUAGUUGGUGACCACACAAUGUCUGUGUUGGAGAUAUGGGGUGCAGAAUAUCAGGAGCAAGAUGCAAUCUUAGUGAAGCCUGAAAGCCGCAGCCUAUUGCAAUCAAUCUGUGAAAGAGAAAGGGUCUCUAUGGCUGUUAUUGGAACAAUAAAUGGUGAGGGACGAAUUGUUUUAGUUGAUAGCAAGGCUAUUCAAAGAUGUCAUUCGAGUGGACUUCCUCCACCUCCUCCUGCUGUGGAUCUUGAGCUCGAGAAAGUACUUGGGGACAUGCCUAAAAAAGUCUUUGAAUUUAAGCGGAUUGAUCAUGAACGAGAACCACUUGAUAUUGCACCUGGGAUCACUGUAAUGGAAUCUCUGAAGAGGGUACUGAGACUUCCAUCAGUCUGUUCAAAACGCUUCUUGACAACAAAAGUUGAUCGGUGUGUAACAGGUCUUGUGGCACAGCAGCAAACUGUUGGUCCCUUGCAAAUCACCCUUUCUGAUGUUGCAGUCAUCUCUCAGACUUACACUGACUUGACUGGAGGUGCAUGUGCGAUUGGGGAACAGCCAAUCAAGGGUCUGUUGGAUCCAAAAGCAAUGGCAAGACUGGCUGUUGGAGAAGCAUUGACAAAUCUUGUUUGGGCAAAGGUAACUGCUCUAUCUGAUGUUAAGUCAAGUGCGAACUGGAUGUAUGCUGCCAAACUUGAAGGCGAAGGAGCAGCCAUGUACGAUGCUGCUAUGGCUCUUUCGGAAGCAAUGAUUGAGCUUGGUAUUGCUAUUGAUGGAGGGAAGGACAGUCUUUCCAUGGCAGCCCAUGCAUCAGGUGAGGUUGUCAAGGCUCCUGGAAAUCUUGUAAUCAGUGUUUAUGUCACAUGUCCUGAUAUAACCAAAACAGUGACCCCGGAUUUGAAGCUUGAAGAUGAGGGAAUUCUGCUUCACAUUGAUUUGUCAAAGGGAAAGCGGCGGUUAGGUGGUUCUGCUCUAGCUCAGGUUUUUGAUCAAGUAGGAGAUGAGUCUCCUGAUCUUGAUGAUGUUCCUUACCUUAAAAGGGCUUUUGAGGGAGUUCAGGAGCUCCUUGCUGAUGGGUUGAUCUCUGCUGGUCACGAUAUCAGUGAUGGUGGACUGAUUGUAUGUGUGCUGGAGAUGGCAUUUGCUGGGAAUUGUGGUAUUGCCUUGGAUUUGACUUCACAUGGGAAUAGCCUCUUUGAAACACUAUUUGCAGAAGAACUUGGCCUUGUUCUAGAGGUUAGCAGGACAAACUUGGACAUGAUAAUGGGAAAGCUUCAUGGCGUUGGUGUUUCAGCUGAGAUCAUUGGACAAGUAACUGCGACUCCCAUGAUAGAAUUAAAGGUUGAUGAUGUUACUCAUUUAAAUGAGGACACUUCUUAUCUUAGGGACAUGUGGGAGGAAACCAGUUUUCAGCUGGAAAAAUUCCAAAGAUUGGCUUCUUGUGUGGAUUUAGAGAAAGAAGGGUUGAAGAGUAGACAUGAACCUUCAUGGAAAUUGUCCUUCACUCCUGCAAUUACAGAUAAGAAAUAUAUGACUGCAAUUUCAAAACCGAAAGUGGCUGUGAUUCGAGAGGAAGGCAGCAAUGGGGAUAGAGAAAUGUCUGCUGCAUUUUAUGCUUCCGGUUUUGAACCAUGGGAUGUUACCAUGUCAGACCUUCUCAAUGGAGUCAUCUCUCUGCAGGAGUUCCGUGGGAUUGUGUUUGUAGGUGGUUUUAGCUAUGCUGAUGUACUUGAUUCUGCCAAAGGUUGGUCGGCUUCUAUACGAUUCAAUCAACCUCUUCUACAUCAAUUUCAAGAGUUUUACAAACGGGAAGACACUUUUAGUCUUGGGGUUUGCAAUGGGUGUCAGCUAAUGGCCCUGUUGGGGUGGGUCCCUGGGCCCCAAGUUGGGGGUGUUUUUGGCAAUGGUGGAGACCCUUCACAACCAAGGUUCGUCCACAAUGAGUCAGGAAGGUUUGAAUGUCGCUUCACAAGUGUGACAAUAAAGGACUCUCCUGCUAUAAUGUUCAAAGGAAUGGAGGGCAGCACAUUGGGUGUGUGGGCUGCCCAUGGUGAGGGAAGAGCUUAUUUUCCUGAUGGUAGUGUUCUGGAUAGUGUGAUUGAUUCAAAUUUGGCCCCAAUUAGAUAUUGUGAUGAUGAUGGGAAGCCAACAGAAGUCUAUCCUUUCAAUCUGAAUGGAUCUCCCCUAGGAGUAGCAGCGAUUUGUUCUCCGGAUGGGAGGCAUCUUGCUAUGAUGCCUCAUCCAGAGCGAUGCUUCUUGAUGUGGCAGUUCCCAUGGUAUCCGAAGCAGUGGAAUGUGGACAAGGCAGGCCCCAGUCCUUGGUUGCGAAUGUUCCAAAAUGCCAGGGAGUGGUGCUCUUGAGGAGUAAGCUUGAUAGCUGGAGAGGUAAGGUCUUUUGUUGUCAGUGAGAAGGCUAGCAGAGCUUUUGGAGGUUAGGGUGCGGAUGUGGUCCUUUCCCUUUUAACCUAUGAAAUUUUGUUUCGUAACUUUAUUGGCUGAAAGCACAAAUAAAAGUGGAGUGUAAAACGGGUAUUGGAAUUUUUCUUAUAGUGUUGUGGUUUCCCGUCCACUUAUAACUAAUGAUAUGUGAGGAACUUCAAAUAUUUAUAAUGGGAACAACAUUUUGUUUGAACUUACUUUUUGAUAGUUCGAUUGCAUGAAGUUGUACAAUCUGAAGCAACGGGGUACAUACUUUUAUGUUUAGCGUACA